ACUCGCGUAGUGAAUAUCACCGAAAGAUCGUUACAGGACUGUAGCUCGUGUAGUAUAAAAAUAACGGUUCUGAUUUGAAUUUUAUUGAAAAAAUGGUGGUAAAAUUUAGGUGUCUCGAAAUUAAACUUUUUGUUGUUUCAGUUUUAUUACAGUUAAGUUAUGGCCAGGAUUUCGGAUAUGAAGGAAGUAUGGGUCCACAAUUUUGGGGCCGAAAAUAUAAAGGAUGUAAUGGUGGUAAACUACAAAGUCCGAUAGAUAUAGAAAUAAACAACGUAGUAAAAAUAAAUUUUCCACCGCUCAGUUUUGAAAAUUUUGAUAAACCUAUAGAGACUGUUAAGUUAGAAAACAAUGGCCAUACGGUGCAAUUGUCGAUUCGACAAGGAGACAUACCAAAAAUUAGAGGUGGACCGCUAAAUGGAACUUACUGUUUCGCACAACUUCACUUUCACUGGGGUAGAAACGAUUACGAAGGAUCGGAAAAUCUUAUAAAUAAUCGAAGUUACCCUUUAGAAACUCAUUUAGUAUUUUACAAGGAAGAUUAUGGCAACUUUUCAAAUGCUCUUGCAGACGAUGACGGAUUAACAGUUCUUUCUUUUUUGUAUCAUAUUACCCGCACGGAAAACAAAAAAUAUGAAAAAUUUGAACACGAGCUACCACAGGUAGAGAAUAUGAACUCCAGUGUGGACAUAGUCAACUUUGAUUCUUUAAAUGAUUUUACUACCACCGAUAGGGACAAGUACUUUACUUACAAAGGUUCCUUAACAACUCCCCCAUGUUCAGAAGUUGUUACAUGGAUUGAAUUUGCUCACACUAUUCCGCUAUCACACGAACAAUUGCAAGUAUUUCGUUUGAUAACCGGCAACGCUGGAAAAAUAAAUCAUAACUUUAGACCCGUUCAAGCAGUUAACGAUAGAGUAAUAUAUGCCAGUGUUCCAACAAUAGACUCAGCAUCAUCAAAAAUAGAGCAGACCGCAUGGUUACUGGUUGUUUCGUUAUUUAAGACAUAUUUAUUGUUUAGUUUUGUAGUAAAUUAAUAUAGUAUUUAAUAAAUGCAUUACUUAUAUAUGAGUACAAUAUUUAACUGUUA